GAAAGGUGAUCCUGGUAUAAAUGGAGACCUUGGACGGAAAGGAUCUAAGGGCUUACGUGGUUUUCCCGGGCGGAUGGGUAGCCCUGGUGCAGAUGGAAUAAAGGGUGAGAUUGGUAGCCCUGGAAAACCAGGGAUACCAGGGUCAGAUGGACUACUUGGGCCAAAGGGUGAGCGAGGAAUGUCAGGUGCAGAUGGCCCCACGGGAGUUUCUGGGGAGAAAGGAGAAAAGGGGGCCAAGGGAGUUCCUGGCUUGGGCGGAUUUAAAGGGCAGGUUGGAUUGCCGGGGAAGAUUGGUGUGGCUGGACCACCUGGAUCUCAAGGACCACAGGGGGACCCAGGACCACAGGGUGCAAGAGGUAGAAGAGGAAGACCUCAGCUCUGCCUCAGGGGUUCUGCGGGUAUUCCUGGCAACAAAGGAGAGAAGGGAGAAAAUGGUCCAGCUGGUGUGAAAGGAGAGAAAGGAGAUCCUGGCCUUUCUGAAGAAGAAGUGAAGGAUGUGGUCAGGAGCGAAAUGAGUGACAAAUGCGUUUGUGCAGGUGAGUUGGGACGAACGCCCAUAAACCGCGGGAAAGACUUUCACUUACUAAUUAAAUCUGCAGACCUGGGUGCAGACUCUCCAGGAGAAAUCGGCAGGAAUAUCAAAGAGAAUUUUCAAUCGCCAGAACUCAUAGGGAAGGCCGAUGAAGCUCAACAAGAAUUACUUCGUGAAAUACAGAAUACGACCGAACUAGAGAUGCCUAUCAUGGAAUCAACUCCAUUUAUGCCCGCUCCCAGUGAUAAGCAGCUAAUGGCUCAGGCUCGGCGCGAGCAGCGACAUGCCCGCCGCCCAUUAGAAGACCCUUGUCGGCUGCCUAUGGACGAGGGCUCCUGCCUGCACUACACGUUGCUCUGGUAUUACCAUGGAGAAGCCAACGCCUGCAGGCCGUUCGUGUUUGGAGGCUGUGGAGGGAACAGCAAUCGGUUUAAAUCCAAAUUCACAUGUGAGCGUUGGUGUAAAAUCACAACAGGAAGGUGACUGGCUGCAGACAGGUGAUAUAAAUGAGAAGGGAGCUGCAGGAGGUGAAUCCAGGACAGCUCAGAGGUUGGAAAUACAGCAAGAUGAACCAUUGAACACAAAGAGGUGGUAGAUGUUAGUUCUGCAAACAAGGAGAUAGUUAUGGUUAUGGAUAUGUAAUAAAUCGGACUGAUAAGGGAAUCUUUUGUUUGGCUGGAAAAGCUGAAGUGUUCAGAGGCUCUUGACAGUCCCAUUCACACUGUGCAACACCCAACAGAUACCUAAAUGUUAUUUUAUUUUUUAAAAUAAAAUUGUAGGUUAAGCCAACCUUGCCUAAUUCCA